CUGCAGUUAGUUCAGAAACAAGAAGAAGAGAAGAGAGAGAAGGAGUAACAGAGGAGGGAGUUCAUUUCCUCUCCUGCACCUGAUUUCUCCACCUGAGCCACACACACACAGACGGACUAAUGGUGCUGCUGGAUGGACCUGCCGCCUUCAGCUCCACUCCUCCAGCUGUGGACCCAUGAGAUUCCCUCCUGUGGACAGACAUGCAGUUCUUCUAUGUGGGGGACCACACCUGGACGACCAUGCUGGGGCAGAGUGUGCGUCUGCAGCCGGUUCCCAUCCAGAGCCUGUCAGAGCUGGAGCGGGCCCGCUUACAGGAAGUGGCACUGUACCAUCUGGAGGAGAGGGACCUGGACUUUAAGAUUAGCAUUCCCAGAGAAACACGCAAACGCAGAAAGUCUCUACGCAGGAGGUUUGACUCCUUCUCAAAGGAGAAGAAAGAGCGAGAAAAUGGCCCCAAGGCAUUCGGCAUCCCGCUCUCUCAGGCGAUCGCCAACGACCAGGCGUACAAGCGGCGUCAGGACGCCCUGAAGGAGAGCAGGCGCGACUGUCUGGACCUGGAAGCCAGCAUCUUGCGCUUCAGGGCUGAGAAGAAGCAGUUCUUCAAUGGGAACAAACCUCUGGGGAGCUCCUCGUCUAUUACGGGAGGAGGCCCUGCCUCACCGUCCGCCAACUCGGUGGCUCCGGCGCCGGCUUUUGAUGGCCAGAGCAAACCCCUGUCACCCACGUUUCUGGAUAACACCGGUAGAGGACAAAGAAGGGGUGGCCUGUCGGUAGACUGCCUCUCUGACCUCGUAGAGAGUCAGUCACGCCUGUUGGAGGCGCUGCAGCUGUCCCACCCAGCCGAGCUGGAGUUAAAGAAAUCGCCGUCCGAAGGGAGAACCCAGACCAAGCUGAGCCUCAACCCCAUCUACAGACAGGUGCCUCGAGUGGUGGAGAGGUGCUGCAGCCACAUCGAGACCUACGGUCUCCAGACUGUUGGCAUCUUCCGGGUUGGGAGCUCUAAGAAGAGAGUCAGACAGCUGCGAGAAGACUUCGACGUGGGCGUGGACGUCCAGCUGGACGAGGAGCACAGCGUGCACGACGUGGCAGCGCUGCUCAAAGAGUUCCUGAGGGACAUGCCGGACCCCCUGCUGCCCCGCGAGCUCUACCCCGCCUUUCUGCACGCCAACUUGCUGAGAGGGGCAGACCAGCUUCAGUACCUCCAGCGCCUCCUUUACCUGCUCCCUCCCUGCAACUGCGACACGCUGCUGCGCCUCCUCUCCAUGUUGCAGACCGUGCAGAGCUACGCCCAGGACACCGUAGGAACCAACGACGAGGAGAUACCCGGUAACAAGAUGACGGCCGCUAACCUGGCUGUGAUCUUCGGGCCAAACCUGCUCCAGAGGGAGACGGGAGGCGACGUGAGUCCUCAUGCGAUGGGCAUCGAGGACAGCACGGCGAUCAUCAGCAUCACUCUGGUCCUCAUACAGAACUACAGGAGGCUCUUCACGGUGUCUGCUGAGCUCCAGCAGGAGGUCCUGAUGAGUCUGAUCCAGACCGACCCAGACGUCAUUGACUAUCUCCUACGCAGGAAACUCAGUGGAAGCCACCUGACAGUAGAGGGCAGCGGCGAGUCAGGGGGUCGUCGGGACACGGGGGCCUCUCUGGACUCCGUGGGGGCUUCGAGCGGCAGUUUGUCUCCUCUGGAGCCCCCGUCGCCGCUUUUCCCUCCAGACGGGAGCGGGGGCGACGGCAGCCUAACCAGCGAGGUGUUCCUUAACGUCCUCAAACUAAACCAGAACCGAAGCCGGCCGGACGGGAGAUACGGUGAGGCCCGCUCCGCCAAGUCCAUCCGCCACAUGCGGCAGUUCCACUCUCACCACAACCUGCUCAGCCUGUCCCAGCCCUCCACCUUGUCCAGGCUGAACAGCCAGGAGGGCGACGGCCAGGACCGGCGGGGGGCCCUGGGCGCCGCCAUGAGCUUCGCUCUGGGCAACGGCAGCGGCGCCAGCCGAGGGAGCUGCUCCAGUCUGAGCAGCUCCACGGAGAACAGCAUCUGGGUGAGGCAGAUGCAGCAGGACGAAGCCAAACCCUCGCCGGCCGCCAACUUCUGGGACUUUUUCACCGGGAAAGGUUCGAGCUCCGAGACGAUGGUAUGACUAGGGGCGAGGAAGGGAGGAGGAGCAUAAAGGGACAAGUGGGCAAGCGCUGGCGUUCCUGCUGUCAGAAUCCCUCCAAAACAAAUGGUCGGAUUCGAGGAGGUGUUUUUUCACAAAGUCGCAAGACCUGGAGCCAGACUGGGAAACGCUUCAGUUCUUGGUAAAAAAAAAUAGUCGCUUCUUAAACUCCCUCCUUUGAAGGCGAACCUUCCAUCUGGCUGGAAACGGGGCGUCUGCACAGCUUUGGCCCCGAUAGGAUGCAUAAAGAAAAAUGAAAUGAAGGCAAUGAAACAUCUUUCUGAAGAGUCUUUGGGUCAGCGGUGGGAAACGUUUGAGAGCCGCUGACCAAGACGUGAGCAAAUGAAGGACGGAGUCUGUGAGAUUAUAGAAAUGGAUGCAUUUCUGUACAUACGUUGUGUAUUACGUAACGCGCACACGCGCCCCAUCUGUCCUACGCACCAGUUGCUGCAUGGCCUCUACCAACACUUCAUAUACAGCCGGAAGCAGAUAUCUUACAUACACGGUAUAAACACACACACCCGUUUUCCUUUGUUGUCAGUCGUGAAAUCAGAAUCAAACUUUCCUGCUUUAGGUCACUUAGGAUUCCCAAAAUGAUGUCUGUUUUUUUUUUU